CAGGAUCGCAGUCCAGCCACAAGGGGAUUGGCGUGUCUACUGUAGAAGCCAUUGUCUUGAGUGUCCGGGGGAUGGCGGGGAGAGGGGAAAAGACGGUGAUGACUCGAAAAAGGCGAUGCGGGGAGUUCUUCCAGAUAAGAAAACGGCGUGCCGAUAAGGCUUAUCGGCGGACACGGGCCCCGCGCAGCCCUAAGCCCUACCUUCCGGAUGCGGUAGGGGCAGGAGCGUCAUGCGCGGCAGUCCGUCGCAGUUGCCGCAGCUGGAACUUGCUUCCCAGCUCGCUCGAUGCCCUCUGCCUGAUGGGAAUCUCGUCCUGAGAUUCUUUCUCCCCAUCUGUUCUUUUCCUUUUGGUCUCUUCUGUACAUAGCUCGUAUAACUCUCUACUCUAUUUGUCCCGUCCUGUUUGCUUUCCUGCGAUGAGAUGACCAGCGACCCUCUCCGCCCGGGCCUCCAUCCGCUUUCGCAUCUCAAAGCUGGCCCAACGACCUCCAGCUCCAAAUCGACGGCUGUGCCCUCGUCCCCGACCUCGCAGUCUUUUGCUCAAGUCUCGACGCGCCCGCAACCACUUCGAAAUGCCAGCCGAGAGGAUCCGGUCAAUGCGACGAGCGACAAGGCAACUAUCGCUCUGAUUCGACGCGUCCUCUGUCCCCAGACAGGUAAUCAUGGAGGUGCCUUGACUCCUCAGCCUCCGAAAGAUCUGCUGCCUCCCCUAACGAGCUCGAACGAGGUGGAUCGCCAGCUCUAUGCACUUAUCGCUAUUGUUGUCAAGGAGUUUGUAUUCACCUGGUAUUCAAAGAUCACAUCGGACCAGAUGCUUGUCAGCGAGGUCCUUCAGGUCAUUGCGCAUUGUACCCGUGCCCUUGAGCAGAGGUUGCGCGAGGUCGAUAUUGCACAGCUGUUUCUCGACGAGAUUCCUGCUUUAAUUGAGACACAUAUAACGUCAUAUAGACUAGCGAAGCAGCAGUCUGAGUCGUCCCAGAUCUCUCCCUCACUCCGCGAGCUUUAUCAUGCUCUGAACCCGCACCCAGGCCUUUCGCCGGUUCCUGACCAAUCUGAUGGUCAAGCUAUCGCACAGCAACAAGAAAUCGAAUCGAUAUAUCGACAGCUAUUGGUGCACGGAGCACUGUCAGUUCUACUCCCGACAGAGGACUUGGAAAAUGCCUGCUUACGGACCCUGCUGGGCGAUAUCCUGGCAGAUCUCGUUCUUGGUAAUGCAGUGUCCGGGAAAGUCAGUGAAGGGUGGUUCUUGUGGGAAAGUAUCACGAAGGUGGUCGAGAUGGCAGGGCGCAAGGAUAAAGAGGACAGUGUAGCAACAGCAACAGCAACAGCAACAUCAACGGCAACGGCAACGGCAACGCUGCGUCAGCGAUCGCGACUUCACAAGUACGGUCUCCUUUCUAAAGAAGAACUUUCGAAGGGCCAUUCGUCUCAGGCCCAAGUGCGAGUCCCCGACUGGAUCUGGCAAGUGCUACAAUAUGUUUACAUGAUCUACGUGACCUUACGUUUCAUCGUGACCGGCGUGUUUCGCGUUGCAUCCGCCCCUCCGGUCACCUCGUCCCUGACAUCUUGUGCUCCAACCAGCGACGCAGACGACACCCCCUCCUUGUGCACCACCUCUGGGAAGCGCCCUGUGCUGAACUACCGAUUAUAUGGCAUGGUCUCGCAACUGAUGGAUGUACCUCGGCGAAUGCCCUGGUUGGGGGGCAUGCUCGCACUGAUCCAGUAUCUGAUCCUGGCCGGUCCAGGUAGAUUGGGAGAUACCGAUAGCGUUCUUGAUAGGUUCCUUCACGAGACCAUUCGGGAUUAUGUUCUUACCCCCGCUCUUUUGCCAAACCUGCUUCUUGCGACCCGGGCGGCGCUUUUCCCUUUGAACGCCCGUCCAGCGUCCACGGCGGCAGAUGGUCGCACCGCGGCUUCGGCGCCGCAUCUGUCCGUGCAACCUCCAACGCCGCCUAUAACGAAAGGCCCUGUUAGCGACACCGCUGGCGCAAGUGACGCUUGCAGUAGCGUCUCCUCGCCUGGUCUCUCGGCCACAGCGCCCUUAUCGCCGGACCCGCGGCCUUCCACACCCGACGUCGCUUCUAUCAAGCGACGCUGUGCGGCCAGCAUUCUGUCCCGGGUUCCUCGCCCAAUCGCACGUCGUUUCUUCGGUGUCCCGACUGCUCCUAUCGAACAUCGCCCAGAGCGAUUGGACGGCUCCAGCGAACCUGAAUCGCCAUGGCUGGACUCUCCCCGAGCGCCAUCCACUGUCUCACCCGCAGAUUGCGGCCUAGAAGAGUCGCUCCUACUCGCUGCCAUCGAGGAGGUUCUCGACCUCUUUGCGGACGAUUACUGCAACAAGCAUUUAAUAUAUUCCAUCAUAGAAGUCAUCCUCGUGAAGCUCCUUCCCGAGUUAUCUGAGCGCAGUCUCACUGAGCUAAUGGAGGACAGGGGGGUACCCCUGGCCGCGAAGUGACUCCACCACCAUGCGGGAUCAUAGACGGUGUACGGUGUACGGUGUACGGAGCAAUUCUUCCAUCCUGUUUCCAUGAGCCCCGUACGUACGGAGGUCGAAUUUAAGCCACCCACUUGGUCGAGCACUAGCAGUUGUCCCGGACUACCAUCCAGUGGCAUCUGAUAAUUAAGCGUGGCGACAGAAAAAAAGUCAGACCAAA